AUGACGACCGCGCGCGACUUGGCCGCGCUGAGCGGACACACCGAGAGCGAUUGCUCGGCCGUGCUCGAGCAGUGCGGAGGGGACGUGGAGACGGCGAUCGAUAAGCUGCUAAACAUGGAAAAGUUUGAGACGAUCGGGAAGAAGGUGGCGAAGAAAUCGACCAACGGCGCGCGGGCGAACGGGGUCAAGAAUGGGAAGACGGAGAACGGAAACAGAAAGCUUGGAAACGAGCGGUCGAACGGACGCGCGAACGGCGAGCGCGAUGGGAAACCGGCUAAGAACGGUGAGCGCGAUGGGAAACCGGCUAAGAACGGUAAGCACGACAAUGGUAAGUUACCGUUUCCACGCGCGGGUGAGCGCGGGGGAAAGCCGGCGCCGGCAGCCGCGCCGGUGGCGGCUCAGGCGCGGGCGGCGGCUCCGCCCGCGACGACGGCUCCGACGACGGCACCGGCAGCGGCGGUAGCGAACCCGGCGCCGAUUCGACCGGGCGGUGGCGGUAAGACGCUCGCGGAUCUAGUGCGAGGUGAUCCAACGCCGGCUCCGGCCGCGUCGGCUCCGGUUGCUCGCGGAGGCGCCAAGGGUGGCGUUGCGUCGCGACCGCAAGGGGGCAAGCCUGUGCCGAAGGCCCCUGCGGCGGCGGAACAAGCGGACGGUGCGAUGAACUGGGCGCAGCGCACGAAGGGCGUCGAACGUCCUGCGGCGCAACCGGUUGCUGCAGCGCAACCGCCGGUGGUGCAAUCGCAGCAAGUGGCUGCCCAGGCGGCGGCGCAAGCGCGAGCGCAACCAGUAGCUGGUCAACAACCGUCCGCCGACAGCUUUGGAUUUGGUUUCGAGCCGGCUGCGCCAGCGGCCGCCACGCCUCGCCCGCAGCAAGCCGCACCAUCGAAUGAGCGCGCUCAAGCGCAAGAUCUUGGUCUCCAGUUCGGUAAUUUCUCCUCCUCUGGGGCUGACUUUGGAUUUGGCUUUGACGCGUCCGCCUCCGCCGGCUGGGGCAUGCAACAAUCACAAGGUCAACCGGAUGCGAGCAAGAAGCAACCUAUUAGAAACGCCGGCGUGGCGUCCAAGUUGCCCGACGUCGUCAACGGAAGCGCUCCGACGACGACGAGCGCGAUGGAGCAGCAAGCGGCGUAUCCGGCGUACUUUGGCGGCAUGAUGCCGAACGCGUACGGUAACUACAUGAUGCCUCCGGCCGUUCCGAUGGCGGGUGGCUACGCCGGGUACGAGGGCUAUCAACAACCGCAAAACGCUGAACAAAACACCGCCUACGCGGAUUACUACAAGCAGCAAGCCGCCGCUCAGGUGCAGCAGCAAAGCCAGCAACCGGCGGGCGACAAGGCUCACGCGCCCAGUGCGUCAAAUUCGGGUGCCUCCGCCCAGCCAAUUCAAGCCUUCGCCAACAUGCCGAAUGCCUACGGUCACCCCAUGUACUCUUACCCUUACGCCAUGCCGCACCAGCCUGCGUAUCCGUACGCUGUGCAGUCCCACUACCCGUACCCGCCCGCGGCCGGUGUGUACCCGGGAGCCGCUCCAAACGGCAAGCAAGGCGCCAAUGCGCCGCCGGGGUACAAGGCUCAAGACGGCAACGCGCAGCGCGGUGCUGAACAUAACGGCACUCGCCGCGAUACUCGGUCAAGCCAAUACGCCGAGCAGCAGCAAAUGCAGCAAGGUUACUACGCCGCGUACGCGCAGAACGCGCAGUACGCCGGGUACGGCGGAUACGGGCGACAACAGUGA